AUGGCUGAUAUUCCAGACUGUAAGGCUCUCAAAAGAAAUGCUAAGACCCCAGAUGGCAAUGAUGAAGAAAUUGAUAGGUUGAGUGCCCUUCCGGAUGAAAUUCUCUGCCACAUCCUGUCAUUCCUUUACAGUACAGAAGAUGCAGCACUGACCUCAGUCCUAUCCACCAGAUGGAGAAACCUUUUUGUUCAACUUCCUGAUGUUUAUCUCAGCAUCAAUACAGCUAGGCCUUUUAUGGGCGAAGAUGCUGAUCCGGAUCUUAUGUUCCCUGAUUUUCUAAACUUCGGCUUUAGACUUAUUCUGCGACGAAAUGGAGCUCCUUUAAGGAAAUUUCGUCUCUUUUGGUACAAGCUUACUGGAAAUUGCUCUCCUAACCUUGAAGUGCUCAUCUUUCCUUUUGUGUAUAGGUACGAGCUAUAUGUAGAAGAAUUUACCUGCUUUUGGCCAAAGACUAUUCCAGCAUCCUUCAUACAACAUCUCAAGGAGAUAGAAAUCGAACAUUUCAGGGGGCAGGAAGAUCAGUUCAAGCUAGUUGAGUACCUUUUGGAGAAUGGAAAAUCUUUAAAGAAGAUGACUGUUGGUGUUGUUAUAAAGCCUUGGUUGUCUUGGUCAGAAGAGUGCAACAGGAUAUUGUCAUUCCGAAAAUGUUCCAAGGAUUGCCAGGUUGUAUUUGUUAGGACAUAUGAUUGGGACUGA